UACGUUUGCUUCAUGAGCUACAGCGCAUGUGUCGAAGCCUCGGGUAUCACAGGACCGUCACUACCAGUUGUCGACAACAAAAGCGGCAGAAUUUCUAACGAUGUCACGGUUGUUUCUGUCUCACCGUUUUUGCACUAAAUGCACCUUUCUGACAUUGCGGGAGUCUCCUUUGCUGACCGGAGCUCGAACCAGGCAGCAGCAGUGGAACGGUGUUUUUGUGCAGAAACGUCGGUUUGUUGGAGGUUCGGGUUUUUACAAACACCGGUCAAAGUACACGAUUUGGAUAUGUGGCGCCGGUGUGGGGCUUGUUUUAGCCGCCGGACUGAAAUACAGCUCUGAUAGUGCCAACAGCUCCUGUGCUGAUAAAGUUAGCAAAGCAGAGAGGAGCGAUCGAUACAGCGGAGCCAUAAAAGUUAGCAGAGACCUUGUGGAGCGGAUAAAGGUAGGCACAGAGGCUGAGGUCGGGGCUCCUGGGCUGGUUGUUGGGGUCUCAGUGGAUGGAGCUCAGGUCUGGUGUGAAGGGAUCGGUUAUGCCGAUUUGGAGAAUCGUGUUCCAUGUACCCCAGAAACAGUGAUGCGAAUUGCCAGCAUCAGCAAGCCCCUCACAUCUGCAGCUGCUGUACGACUGUGUGAGCAGGGGAAGCUCGAUCUUGACGUCCCAGUGCAGACAUAUGUCCCAGAGUUUCCCCAGAAACAAUUUGAUGGACAAGAUGUCACGAUAACCUCUCGUAUGAUUCUGUCCCACCUAAGUGGUAUACGGCAUUAUGAGAAGGAUGCAAACAAAGUGAAGGAGGACAAGGAGAAAGCUAAGCGCCUUUUAAAGCCACCUGUUAAAGAGAAAGGGGAUCAGAAGAGCUCAUCAGAAAACAAAGAUAAAACCACAACAGCUCAGAACAACAAAGGCAAAGAUGCAAGUCAGGCUCAGAAGAAGAAAGAGUUUGAGCAUGAAGAGUACUACUUGAAGGACAACUUUGAAAGUGUCAUUCAGGCUUUGGACCUUUUUAAAGACGACCCGCUCAUUUUCAAACCUGGCACAACUUUCCUGUACUCCACUCACGCCUUCACCCUGCUCAGUGCUGUUAUGGAGCGAGCUGCUAACCAGCGCUUCCUGGAUGUUAUGAUGGACAUGUUUUGUGAGUUGGGGAUGCUCAAUACAGUGCCCGAAGAGAAUGAGCCUAUUAUUUACCACCGUGCCAGAUUUUAUCAUCACAACAAGAGAGGACGUGUUGUGAACUGCCCCUAUGUAGACAACUCCUAUAAGUGGGCAGGAGGCGGCUUCCUUUCCACUGUGGGAGACCUGCUGCGUUUCGGUAACGCUCUGCUCUACAGCUACCAGGUGGCCAGCCUGAAGGAUGCUGAGGGCUUACUGCCUGGCUUCCUCAAGCCCCAAACAGCCAUUGAACUGUGGGCACCAGUUGACAAGACAGAAGCCAGCUGGGAUAAGGAUGGACUGUACGCCCAAGCCUGGCUGGUAGUGGAGAGACUGCAAAAAUGCGGAGAGUGCAGGAAGCGCAGGCACUACGUGUCGCACACAGGGGGCGCUGUGGGGGCCAGCAGCGUCCUUCUGGUGCUGCCCGGUGAGGACACAAACCAAGCACAGCCCCCCGUCCUUCCACGAGGAGUAGUGGUCACCAUCAUCGUGAACAUGCAGUCUGUGGGACUCAACAGCACGGCAUUGAAAAUUGCUCAUGAGUUUGACAAAGCCAGAAGUGUGAGAGAGUAAGGUGUUUACAGAGAUGUGCCAGUUUACAUUUUAAUGAGAAGCAUUUCAGAUGAAUGUCGUGAUCUUGUGUAAUUUUGAUACAGCUUUUAAAAUUGUGUGGAGUAAAUUUUUUUGGAAAUGAAAUAAAUGAUUCUCAUGUAUUUUA